CAAAGGCUGGCUGGGAAUGCACACGCUGCAGUAGCGUUUGACAUCUCUCCGUACACGGUGAGGUCUAGUUAGUGUCUAGCACAGAGACGUGUCCACCCAGAGUCAAGGAGACCAACCCUCAAGGCUAGCAGUCAACAAUUGGAAGCAUCUCAACUGGUGGUGCUCUAUAUGAGCUCGAACCCUCGUGGUGCCCCCAAGGCCAAAACCAAUCUAUUCCCCCUCUCCCAUUCCCUCACCUAUCGUAGGAGCAGUGACGGUAACUUCACCACACCCACUCAGAUCAUCCUACGAAUACCACAACUACCGCCCCCAAUGGAAGUGUGUCAACGUGUUAGUCGCGCACACUCACUCACCAGGUCGCCUGCAUUCACCCGCCAUGACCGCCGUGACCGCCGUGACCGCACCCCCUCCCCUUUUAGAGAAGAGAGACAGCGGACACAGUCAGAUAGUACUAACCAAUCAGGGAGCUCAAGCCCUGUCUCAAGUCGUUGCUCUUCUGUGAACGAUUGCUCAGAGUUACUAGCCGCCCUCGAGGCACUCACUACGGAGCUACAAGCAGUGGAGGCAAGAAACGUUGAGACGAGUAUCCCGAGCCCUGCUGAGGACGACGACUUUGUGGAGGUGACGCUAAACGACAUUGAAGAGAUUCCAAACGAUGACAAGAAGAACCUACGGAGCAUUGAUCUGGCGGAGAAAGAGAAACUACUGACUGAGUGCAAGAAUCAGAUUCAGUCUCUAUCCCAGAGCAAGCAACAGCUGGAGAGGCAUGUAGAGGAGCUACAGAGAGAGCUGGACGUGACCGCUCCCUUUAGAGUGGCUAAUAAAAUGGGCUCAGCCAAAAGAUGGCCCAAUCUCAGAAUCAACGUGAAGGACCUGAAGCAAGAAACAGCUUACGACAACUCGUAUGUGGAAUCCACAGAGAUUAUCAAUGCCUUUGUGACUUCUGAGCGUCAUUAUCUCAACACCCUGGGGGUCUUACAUCGCUGCUACGAACUGCCCCUGAGGAUGUUAUGUACUUUCAAGCCAGAUGUGAUAAGCAUUCAACAACUGGACAGCAUGUUCCUCAACUGCUCUGAGCUGUUGCUUCUCCACCGUCUCCUAUUUGAGGAGCUGAGUCAGCUGCCCUCCCUCCCUGAGGCCGUGCAGGUGGACAAACUACUCGAGCUACUCGAGAGAACGUUCAGUGCUUUCUCUGUCUACAACUCCUUCAUGGACAACAGUCGCCCUCAGGCAGUGCAGAGAGAACUAAAACUGCUCAACACCAAACCAGAGUUUGUACAGCUCCUCAACCACUGCCAGAAGAACUGCGGUGGGAUGAAACUGACAGAGCUGUUACAGCUUCCUGCUGACAGGAUGACACAAUACUCUGACUUGCUGACUUGUUUCCUGGACCCUCACGUCCGAGGCAUGCCUGAAGACGGCUCAAAGAGAGCUGAAACUCUCAUAAGAUAUCUACGAAAUCUGAGAUAUGAGCUGCUUGACGACAAGUCAGACUGGGACCACACUCUGGAGAAGAUCAAGUUUCUCCACAAACUAUCACCUGAUAUACCCGCCCCCCUUGAAGUAUUUGAUUCGGACGUGGUCCUCCUAAAGCAAGGACCUCUCAACCAGGUAGUGAACAGCAAGAAGGAGGUACCGCGCCAUUGCUUUCUCUUCAACAAGUUCAUAGCCGUCGCUGAGAAAGCCAACGACACUCAGUUCAGGAUAUUGGAGCAAGGUAUGAUCCCACUCUCGGGUGCACAGCUGGCCAAGUGUGUGGACGUGGAGGGGCAGGCGAUCGGCUGUGACCUGCAGACGGGCCUCAGUGAAGAUCGUCUCGCAUUCCGACUCAGCUUCCCUAGUAGCGAUAGUUUGUUCCUCCGAGCAGCCAAGCCCAAUGUCCUCAAGUCAUGGCUGGAGGCACUCGAUAAGAGUCUACAGGAGUGCCAGGACUCGCAAAACGUUCCAGAGGAAAACUUGGGUGCCCUAUACCCUGAGGCUGGGACUAAGAUUGCAGCAGCCUCGCUGGAGAAACUGUUUCAGCAGCUGACAAGUCCGGCCAUGUUUCGUGAUGACUUUAUGGAGGUGUUCCUGAUGACUCACUCGUGCUUCACCACGCCCAAAGAGGUCCUCACAGCUCUCCUCAACUGUGUCAAGAGCCCUGACGAUACCUGGUCAGACUCCAGCAGUCAGGGAUCUAGUAAUGCUGCCUUCCCCUUCAACAUGGAUGAGCUUACCAACGACUCUGAGGGUGGUUCAUCAAGCCCCGCCUCCACACCAGGAUCCCAGGCCCAGCAGUGCUCCCCCGGCCGAGUGACCCACCGCACUAGACUGGACCCAUCCUCUGUCGUCACCAGGAAGAAUGUACACAGUGGGUCCAGUCUUGUGAGCACCAGUGACUCGGACACAUCCCCCCACACCUCUGCCAUUGUUGUGGACCACCCCCUUGCCCCUGAUGGCACCACUCAGAAUGGCUGGGCAGAUCCGGAGAUGACCCUCAAGGGAUUCGGCUACUUGCAGAGAGCUGCUAAUGAUAACGCCCUGCCCGAAGCUGAGGAGGAGGAGGAGGAGGACAAUCACUACACAAAGCUGUACCCUCCCUCACGAGUCCACGUUGUGUGUGAUGGGUCAGGAGAGGAUAGUGCCGGGGAGGAGGUGGAUGGUGGGGCCACACCUCGGCAGUCCUCUCUCACCGGGUCACUGGAGCUGGGACCAGGUGGCUCUUAUCCUGCCAAAACAUCACGACGGCGUAGCUCCACAGAGGUGAGCAGUGGGCGUGAUGUCAAAGGCAGUGUGCUGAUCACCAAGCUUGAACAAAUGAACCACUCCAAAAUCACCCAAGAAUUGGAAAAUGCCAACAAACUAAUGGCGGACAUGAUUGGAUCUCUGGACACGGAUUUUCUCUCUCCAUCUUCAUGUCAAGAAAUGGAAACGAGUUUAGACAAACAAGGCAUGGCACGAAGCAGAACAGGAUCUAUGUCGUCAUCACAACCAGACAUAACUAUUGCCGAAGAUGAAUCACCACCCAUACCUCCCAGGGAUGUACAUGUAACCACACCCACUCACAAACUCCCCCUAAGGACCAUUCUACGUGCAAACUCUGAGCACAGUCUAUUGACACAGUCGCUAAGCAUCUCUCGAAGUGAACCAUCGUCCCCGUUCCAUUCCACCAAACCGGUGGGACGUAGUAUAUCUAUAUCGGAACAGGGGUCACCAGGGAAACGCGGCAAGGCCGUGACAAUGGAACGUCUGAAUCCUAAAACUAAGAAGCAAAAGAAAGGAGGGAGCAUGGGAGACCACUACAAGAGAGGGAGUGGCCCUGGAAUCAACGUGACAGCCUCGCUGAAUGUGGCGAGCUUACAAGGGUUUGAUUCGAAUAAGAGCCCCAAGAGAAGCAAAUGGGACGGUAUACGAAAGAUAACGAAGAAGUUCAAACGAUCUCCGAGUCUUGACGGUGAAGAGCUUCAGGGCUUGCAAGCACGUUACGCUAGGAAGGGCUCUCUGGCUAGUGAUAAUCUUAUGUCCACAGGUGUUAAUUUGCCAGAUGGUGGUGGGGCACCACGGCGACAGCGGAGGUCAAGCUCUUCUUACGGGAACAGCGUGGCUCUAGUGUCAAAGAUCUUUGCUGUACUGACUUGCUGGCAGGACCAGUUCUUCGAGGAUUUCGAGGAUGAUCUUGAACUGAAGAAGAUGUUGUGUGACUUUCUCUCUGGCCUUGCUAAGAAGAGCAGCUGUGAGUCGGUCGAGCGUCAGGGAGCAUCAGCACUGCUGGAGACUGUAGAGCAGAAGAGUUUUCAUGAGUUGGCCACACCCCCUUCCACCUCGUUCCCCGUACUCCUCUCCAGAACCAUCAACAUCAGCUAUGACGUCCUGAUGAUGUACGACUGGGACCACCCUGACAAGCUUGUACCAGACAAAAGUAUCGAUUUUGCCAAGAUCAAAGACUCUCAGCUACUACAUGUUUUUGCCAAGCAACUGACUCUCAUGGAAUUCGCCGUCUACGCAGCCAUUCAGAGGAGGGAGCUUUUGAAUUGCAGUUGGAAGAAACCAAACAAGGACAAGUUGUCACCGAAUGUUUGCCGUCUGAUAAAGAGGACCAAUGAGAUGACAUCAUGGGUUUCCACGGAGAUUCUGUCUCAAGAGAGCCCCUCUCAAAGAGCUAGCGUUAUCGAGAACUUCAUCAAGAUUGCCACAUACUGCUAUCAGCACAACGACAUGCACUGCUCUCUCAACAUCACCAUAGCGCUCGGCUCGGCUUGCAUCAAAUCCCUGAAGCAAACUUGGGAGGAGGUGGACAAGAAGUACAAGAGACAGCUGGAGAAGCUGCGGGACUGGACUGACUAUCAUGGCCGCUGUAAGAAGAUGAGGGAGAAGCUAGAAAAAACCACUGCAGAGCAUCUCCUAAAGAACGAUGUAUUGCCUCAGGCUCUCCCGUACGUCGGUGCUUUCCUGGAUCAGAUCUACUCCCUCGAGAUGAGCUCUAAGACGUACAAUCCAAACGGCCUCGUCAACUUUGCCAAGAUGACUAAGCUAUCAGCCAUUUUGAGGUCUGCACUGCAGUACCAAGAACAGCACUAUACCUUUGAGCCUCGGCUUGAUGUAAUGGUGUAUGUGACUGCUGCAAAGAGACUAUCAGAGAAUGACCUUUUUGAACUUUCGCACACUCGGGAGCCCUCCCAACAUUAACAGGUUUUUACACAUGCAGUCGCCACGGACACUAGUUUGUGUAAAGAUAGCAUGCAGUUAGCUAUUUAUUGUGUCUUCAUCACUUUUUUGUAACCGUUUUUUUAACUUCUUGUUUGUAAUAGAGUGCUAUAUUGUUUGUGUCAUAUAUUUUCGUGUCUUGCCUUCAAGUUUUGUGUGCCAUGAAUCAAAUAAUAUUAUUACAUUGUAUAAUUAUGCUUUUUGAA